GCGUCCCGCCCUAUCAGGGCGCCGGAGCGCGAAGGUCGACAGAACUCCCGCCAAAUACGAGCGAGGAGCGAGCGAGCGAGCGGACGGGCCGGCGGUUGGUUGGGCGCAGGGCGAGCUGGACGGGGCCGGCCGAGGCGGCGAGAACUUCGCUGUCUCCCCUCCCCCCAGGGAUGUGAGGGGAAGCGUCGGUUUCACACCGCCCGGCCGCUCAUCUCCUCGGGCAGGCAACUAUGGAGUGUCGAAAUAAAACAGGAGUUCCAGCCCGGAAGCUAAUCCAAGCUCGAUUGCCCUUCAAGCGCUUGAAUCCCAUACCAAAGGAGAAAAACGACACAAACCCCGAAGUGAAAAAAGCCAGGAGCGUGCAGAUCGCCCUCGACCAAAACACGACCUACCCUGCCUCGCCGCAUCCAUUUUCGGAAAAUGUGGAAAACAGUUGCGAGGAAGAAACGGAAUCCCCUGUUCCAAAACUGGUUAAUGGCAAGGGUCCCCUGGAUAACUUUGUGCAGAAAAGUGUAAAAAAUGAUACAAGUCAGUCUCGGCUCUUCAUAGACUUGACGGACGACCCUCCUCACAGACGGGAUGAGAACACGGGUCGUACCAAGUCCAGCAUCAGAGUAGCAUCUCCUGGGGAAACCACAAAGGAGAAAGAAGGCCAGGCCGCAUCCCCAAAUUCCUCUUGCAACGCCCAGGAGGUGGAUCCUUGCUUAGAAACCGGCUUCAAUGUAACAGAUAAGGAAUUACCAAGAGAGGCAUCCGCCGAGAUAGAAACUAAUAUUUCCACGGAGGAUAGACCUCAGAAUGUCAUAUUUGAACGGAAAAUGCCAGUCGUGGUUCUGGAGGACAUCUUGGCCACCCGAUCUCCUCAAGCUGCGGCUUUGGAAAGGAGCGAAAAUUCUGAAAACGAAACCAUGGAAUCUUGUCCCGAAGGGGACACGCCGUGUACAAAUUCCUCCUCAAGUUCCCUCUCUCUUACCAGCUCCCCUGAGUCACGGGCGACCAAGGAGCACAGUGUUAAUCCUCUAGCUGCUUCAACACCGGUGUGGAAGGCCUCUCCAAAGGUCCAUCGAAGUUCUGAGGAGAAGGAGAAACUGAAGCUGCAGAGGGACCAAGAGCGUGCGGAAAAACUUCAGAAGCUGGAAGCUACACGGGAGGAGAAGAGACAGCUGAAAAAGGAAGCCCAGGCUGCGAAGGAACGCGCCCGAGAGGAGGCGAAGAGGAAGAAAGAAGAAGAGAAGGAGCUGAAGGAUAAAGAAAGGAGGGAGAAAAAGGAGAAAGAUGAAAAAGAGAAAGCUGAAAAGCAACGCGCAAAAGAAGAAAAACGGAAAGAGAGGCAGGAAGCUCUGGAGGCGAAAUUAGAAGAGAAAAGAAAAAAGGAAGAAGAGAAACGCUUAAAAGAAGAAGAGAAGCGCCUCAAAGCAGAAAAGGCUGAAAUCACCCGGUUCUUUCAAAAACCAAAAACCCCGCUUGCUCCAAAAACUCUGGCGGGCUGGUGUGGGAAGUUUGCUCCCUUUGAGAUCAAGGAGAACAUGGUCCUCGCUCCGCUUUGCCGGGUGCCCUUCGAUCAGGAGCUCUCCGACCGAAUGGACCUCUCCGUGGAAGAGCAGAGCUGCGAGCUUUCUUUCCUGGAAGAGCUGAAGAGUCGGGAGGCUAGGAAAUCGGAGCCCACCCUUGCCUUCAGCCCCAGCGCUGACGGGGUUAACAGCGAUGUGGUCAUUGUGAGUAGCAGCCAGGCAGAAGAUGCGCCCGAAAGGAAGAAAUUUGGCAGAAUGAAACUCCUGCAGUUCUGUGAGAACCACCGGCCUGCCUACUGGGGCACAUGGAACAAGAGAACUUCUGCAAUAAGGCCCAGAAACCCUUGGGCCAAAGAUACGAAGCUCCUGGACUAUGAAGUUGAGAGUGAUGAAGAGUGGGAGGAAGAGGAACCGGGGGAGUCCCUCUCUCACAGCGAAGGGGAUGAGGAAGAAGAUGGUGGAGAGGAGGAAGAUGAUGACGAUGGCUUUUUCGUUCCCCAUGGGUACCUUUCGGAGGAUGAAGGAGUGACUGAAGAAUGCGAUCCCGAAAACUACAAAGCCCGCCAGAAGCUGAAAGCCAAGGAGUGGGACGAGCUGAUCACCAAGGGGAAAAGAUUCCGCAUCUUGCAGCCGGUGAAGAUCGGUUGCGUUUGGGAAGGCGAGCAGAGCGGUGCCGUCACAACGGCAGAAAUGGGAAUCCUGCAGCAAUUUACAGCUUCUGUCCUGGAUUCCGGCUUUGCCGAGGAAGAUUUGAUAGAGAAAAGCAACAAAAAGAAAACAAAAGACCAACAAAUUCUGGCCCAGCUACUUCCGCUACUUCAUGGCAACGUGAACGGAAGCAAAGUCAUCAUUCAGGAGUUCCAGGAAUGUUGCCGCUUGGCAUUGCUUUCGGACCCCAGCAGUCCGAUCUCCUCCCUGGGGAGCGGGGAUGCCAGUCCCAAGGUCUCUCAAGGCCAAUCACCAGCCUGCGAGAACGUCAUUCCUUCCAAGGCCAGGCUGAAAAGAAUCAUCUCCGAGAACUCCGUCUACGAGAAGAGGCCCGAGUACCGGAUGUGUUGGUACGUGCAAUCCGAGGUCCUGAAGAACUUUGGCCAGGAGAAUCUGCCCGUGCCUUGCCAGUGGAACUACAUCACCCAGCUUCCAUCUGUGGCCAAGGAAGAAGCGGGCAGUUUGCAAGGAGGGGCGGCAACCCAGACCCCGCCGGUCUCUGCAAAACGGAAGUCAACGCAAAGCAUGUCCAUAACCAAGUUCAUGAGGAGACCUCCGGGGACCGAGCAGGCGGAAAUGACAGAGAUGGAUGGAUUUCAGGCAGACACCGAGGAAGAAGAUGACGACGACUGCAUCAUCAUAGAUGUACAGCCAAGCCAAGGCAAGCUGGCUAAUUCAGAUGUGAACCCCGAGGACACAGACAAACCUCCACGUGGCCUCAACAACUCUCUAAAAGGAUGCGGAUGACCAGCUGUCUGCAAGGAAUAUAAAUCCUUCCAUUUCCCUACCAUCCAGUCAGAGAGCUGAAGAAGCUUCUUGGAUGAGAAGCGAAACGUCUUCAAAAGAAAAAAACCAGAAAGUCCAGUUGCCUCUUGGAAAAAAAAGCACCUUUUGGGACAAUGAAUGACUCAGAAUCUCCAUAGACUCUUAUAAUAGGUCCUGCUACACAGUGAGCUUCAACAGGGCUAUAUUCUAUGACCCAGCUCCCCAAACACGACAAACCCUCUGACACGGACUCAAAAGAUUCCUUUAUUAGGACUGUCGGCAGCCCUGCAAAAAGUUUCGCUCUCAACGCAGGCUAACAAGUCACCCAUCCAGAGGAAGAUGAAGUGAUCUGCCACACCUAUUCAUCUCCGCCCCCUGCCUUUUACCCCCCCCCCAGAGCUAGGGUGGGGCUUUGCUAGCAACAGUGGCUCUUCCGUCCCAAGGACCAGCCCAUAGAUUUCCACUGCUCUCCUCUCCCUUCUGUGCAUCCGCGUGUCAGGCACUGGACCCAGCUGUUCCUCCUCUUCCUCAUCAGCCACCUCCAGACCUGGGAGCUGUUGACUCUCCAUCUGAGGGCUGACGGACGGCCCAGGCUCCGCCACUCACUCUCUCUCUCUCUUUUCCCCCUCCCCCUCGGAGCUACCAGGUUGCCCCGAUGCUGACCCUUGACUCCCACGCCACCUCCUCCUCAUCUGAUUCGGCUGUUGGAGGGGCUGGCGGCCGACAGGCUAGUAGAAUAGAAGCAACAUUCUCUCUCCCAUUGAUCUCCCACAUUUACAUUAAAUUUUUUCCCAUUUUCACAGCAGGUGCCCUGGCAAAGAUGCCGGGCUUGCCACUCUGUGCCUUAACAGAAAUGGGAAGCCCUUUUUUUUUUUUUUUUGAGUGAAACUGUUGUGU